AUGUCCGACAACGGCGGUCUCCUUGGCGGUCUACUCGGUGGCGUCGACAACAUCCUGACGGGCGGCGACAAAGCUAAAGGCCAAGGCGGUCUGCUCGGCGGGUUGACCGGUGCCGUCGGAGCCACGACACAAGGUCUGGGCAACGGACUCAACCAAACCACACAGGGUCUCGGCAACGCUGUGGGCCAGACGACUGAGGCUCUCGGAUCUACGGUCGGCCAAGUUGGUAACACGGUGGGGGGAACCGUUAAGGGUGUUACUGGAAGUGUUGCAGGCGGCAAUGGGAAGUCAGCCUUUUCGAGCUACGGCAUUUAA